UCCAAACCAGAUUAACCCAACAGUUCCCGGAAUUCAGGUUGAUUAAGACUAAUCCAACAGAUUAUUAUAGACAGGCUGAUUUCAUGGUCGCUAGGACUCAUAAGGUGAUGUACAUUACAGACAAGUUUCCGAUGUCAGCUCAGAAUGGUAUGAAACUGUUCCGUAUUAUAUCUCUUCCCUUGCCGAUUAACCACACAUCAACUCAUGCAACACAGCUACUUGAUUUGCCUGAAUUCUUAGCUAUCAGUUCAACCAAUAGUCACUAUUCCUUACUCAAUCAUGGAGAUUUCCUGUCGUGUAGUUCUCUGACUAUCCAAUGUCCAAAUGGAAACAAAACUCAUGAAGGUUGUUCAUUGUGGCUUCUAAAUGUGUCAUAUCGUUGUUCGGUGUCAUCCAAGUCUCAUUAUUUGCCCCCUCGCUUGCAAAGCUGCACGGUGGCAUUAUCUGAUACACCGGUUACAACGUCAUACCCAGUAAAUUUGGCACUAUUGCGAAACUUCUUUUCUGAGGCACUAACGUCGGACAUCUUUGGAAAUACUACCUUUCCCUCUCCCAUUUCGGUUGAAGUGCCUCCCUUCAAGAUAUUCAAGUCAAACUUCUCGUCUUUCCUGGUUCAAGAUCGACAGAGCGAUCUGAGUUUUCGAAAAAUGGCAGAAAGUGCUAAAAGACGCGAAGUCAUCUUUCAGAACUUGGCAGAGCCUGUCAUUGAUGGCCAAAUUGCUAUUUCUGUGUUCUUGUACAAGAAGUUCGGGAAUCAGGUCAAUGCAACCCAUCUAGUCAUGGAACUCACAAAUGGAAUUCAAUCGAUAAUGAUUAAGAUAGUGCAACUACCAGUUUGCGCAGGUAAUCUACAGAUUCUCUACCCAACAGAAAUCCAUGACAUUGACAUCACGGGACGUUUCUUCCCUAAACUGGGUUAUUAA